GACAGGGUUGGUGGAAAACAUUCUUGCCCACAAACCGCGGAAAAACCGGAGCGGGACGGGAGGGUGGCUGGAAUGGCUGCAUAAUCGUUUUAAAGCCGUAGACUUAUCAUUAGGCUUGUUAUGUGACAGUAGGACUAUAAGAGGAUGGACCUCUCCUGUAUAUUUUGGUAAAUUAUUCACAGUGCUUUCGUCACUUUCUACAUUUACCACCCUUUAGUCGUGGAGUCUGAUGAUAAGUUAAGAUUUGGCGGCUUAUACCGGUGGUCGAGAAAACACUGCAAAAAUAUGGCUAGAGAUUAAAGGUGCCAUGGAUGAUUAACUACCUGUUAGGUGAACUACAAGAGACCGCAAAGUGUUCUUUAAUACACUUUGUAUAGCCGUAUGGUUAGAAUAUGUAAUACCGCCCCACAAUGCCCAAAAGACUACGUUGACGUUGUCUAUAUCUUACUACAAUACUUUAAUAGCUACAUUGUGGGUUUGAAAUACACGUUUCAUCUUUCUUCACGUAACACGCUAUAAUAAAGAUUUCCAUAGCUCAGUUCAAUGACGUGCUACUAUUGCACAAUGUUGCCCAAUUUGUCACUACGUCAUCAAAACACGAUGGUCGUUGGAGGGAAAUAUUCAUCCACAACGCAACAAGGACCACAAGGAGGACCUUAUUGUGCACAAUAAUUUAAAAAAAAAGAAAACACAAGCACACAUUCAAAAUAAAGAAAUUAUAUUUCCAUGUACAUGUAAUGUUACCGCCGAAAAAUUAAAGAUUACAAGUUAACCGAAGUAUCACUACAAAGCAACAUAUAGAACAAUCGCAGAUGAAACAUAGAACAAUUCAACCUUUCACCCCUAUCAGGAUCACCCAUAUAGUUUUCUAUCACUCAAAGGAACGAAUCGUCUUUGCCUCAAUCAUUGCCUCGAGUUUGAUACUUCUGAGCGGUUCUCCUAUCAGAGCAGCUCAGAGCUGAAUCUGAGACUUUUCCACAAUACGACAGUGUGCUAAAAUCAGCGUUAGACUUUUAAAUUUCGCGUUAAGCGUUCAAUUUUGUAAAUCCCCCUAGCGCCCCUCCCCCUUUCAUACUCAGACUUUGCCCUACUUCCGGGUUGCGUCAGUUGUGCUUUGCUGUUCGGUAUGACGUGUCGCGGCGAUGAUGUCAUACUCCACCGGCCUUUUUAAACAUCAACAAAACUGCGUGAGAGAAUAUUGUAGUGUGUAACGACUUCGUGAGCUAUACUCUGCCCUUUCAAAGACUAGGGCGCAUUCCUACUAGACGGCCGAAGUCACCGACUGUGGAACCCCAAUUCAACAUGGAAGCACUGACGACAGCUAUCCGCCUAAUGUGUGGUUUUUACUUCGUGUACGCGUCCUUUGUCUGGUCGGCUGGGUCGCUACUGUCGUUGGUGCUCUUUGCAGCUUCCAUUUUCCUGCUACGGUCACACCGAGAGCAAACUAUGACGUCAUCUAUUGGGAACACCCCGUCUCCUAGGCAACGGCGUAACCAAGGAGAUGACAACAUUCCAAGAGACGUGGAGGAAAGAUACAAACGUCAGAUUCUGGACCUUGUGUGUUACGACGCCAGUUCGUGUAUUUCGUUGGAGAACUUCACGCCAGUGAAGGAAGGGACGGAAUGUGUGUUUGCCAGGUCAGCUUGUUUAUGGGGGUCGGCGGAUUGGGACGAACAACUCAGCUUAGAGGAAAACAUCAAAAGGUCUUUGCCGAUGUUUGUAAAGUUCUGUGCGGUCCAGUCGCAUUUAGGGCUCGACGGGUUUCUGUUCGAGUUGCCUGGAAGAGAGUUUGGGGCGAGUCCGGAGAAACUUGGGAACGGCGUAAGACGUCUUCUGAAGGUUCUAUCGGACGUUGACCCCGCCGGCGUACACUGUAUGGACAAGUCUUACGUCUCCAAGCGAGGCUGGUGUUUCGAGUUUGACAGGUGCACGUUCUUUGCGACCACCUUCGCGCCUUGCUAUCCGGAGACACACUCCAGGUUUAGCUUCAACUGCAAGAACAGCUUCGUUCUACUGCAACCGGAGGAGUCCUUUCUUCGGCACAACAUCGGCGCCGACACGCCUCACACGGACUGGGAGAACCCUCGGACCGUACGGGACCAGAUCCGGGCGGCGUACAGACGAGCAGGCCGCCCCUACACCAUUAGGGACACGGUCAUCUAUCCACCGGCGCACGACAUCGUCAAACCGCUAGGGGGCGAUCCUGGACAAGACGAUGUAGUGGCCUGGUGGGUUGACGAGAAGAGUGAUUGAUAGUAUACGAACAUGAUUUGCGUAGACGACAUAAAUAGGGAAGUGGGCCACCUUACUACAUGUAUAUAAACACUGCUUCAUGGCACUGUAUAUGAUUGGAUGCCUACUCAUUACUCAAUAGAUAUAAAAGAGAUAUGUAGUUACUUAGUCCAUAUACAUGUAUAUGUAUGUAACUUCACAAUCCUUGUUCGAAAUUCAAACGUGUUCUAAGUAUUUUGUGCAUCCACAUAUUGUCUUAAAUUUCAUCCAUUUUCAUGAAUAUUGAGCAACAAAUUUUUGCUGUACUACAACAUCGUGUACUUCUUUUUCAUACGUACUUAGUACUAUUACCCUCAAAGUUGCUCCUUCCCAUAACAUUGCAUCAGGAAAAAUCAUUUCGACUUACUUCCCCCAAAAAGACACAAUGUAAAGAUGUAUGCAAAUGAUGUUACUAGUAUUCUGUUAAACAAACCCAUGUGAAUUGCAAAAGUACGAAGAAAGAGAAAAUGAAAGGCGUGCUUAUGUAAGAUAGCCAUUGUAAAGGGAGUGAGUUACAUAGGAACACUACUGACGUUUUUCUGUUCU